AUUCGCCCGUAUCCGUACAGGCUGCGCUUCUUUCGUGCAGAUGAAUUUUAAUUUAUUUAUAGUAUAGAAGAAUGCCACACACAGGCCAGGCUGGCAUCAACCAACUGGGAGGUGUUUUUGUCAAUGGGAGGCCUCUACCCGACUACGUUCGUCGAAGAAUCGUGGAGUUGGCACUUAUGGGAGUCAGACCAUGCGAUAUAUCGAGGCAGUUGCUGGUAUCUCACGGAUGCGUGUCAAAAAUUCUGACACGAUUCUACGAAACCGGAUCGAUCAAACCUGGUUCCAUAGGAGGAAGCAAGCCCAAACAGGUUGCAACGCCUCACGUGGUGAGGAAAAUCCUACGUUACAAACAGGAGAAUCCUUCGAUUUUCGCGUGGGAGAUUCGGGACCUCCUACGUAGCCAGAAAGUAUGCGACGAACAAUCGAUCCCCAGCGUGUCCUCCAUCAACAGAAUCUUAAGAAACAGUGGCCAUUUAGUGGCCGAAGAACCCCAGCUAACCACCAGUGGACAAUCGCCCACCAGCGAAGUACCUUUAUCGCUUCCACCUCUCCCCUACAUACCGACCACUUAUCUUCUAUCGGGGACUGCACUGCAAUCUUCUAAUUUAGGGCAAACCUCCCGUACUAGCGACUCCCCCGUCCUCAACACCCCUGCUUCUAACGCUAACAGGGACGUUUCCAAACCAUCGAACGUCAUGUCGUACACCAUCGACGAGAUACUCAAGCCAAAAACUGACGAUUCUACACAGAAAACCAAUAAGAGAAAGCGAAACAAGACGGAUGAAGACGACGAUAACUGUGAAACAGGUGUGAAUGCGAACAAACUGUCUAGGAUUGGACACGCAGACACAGGAAACACUGACUCAUCGACCGAGGCUGCAAACCACUCCCAAUCGUUCCUGUUUGGCCAAUCACCGACCACCCAUUUCCAUUGUUGGACAUCAGCCUCCAAUCCUGGAUUUUCGGCUUUUUCUCUUCCCAGGUUUGUUCCCGUUCCUGGUGUUAUGACUUUCAAUUAUCCGUACAUUAGCAACCCUUCCGCUCUUACUUCCAACCUGUAUUCUUCCGUUUAUCCGGCUAUCCGAGAAUUGGCGUGUUCUCCCAAAUAAAACACCUUACCUUGGUUGUAAAUGUGUGUUCGAUCUAAAGUAUGGAGCUUGUGUAUAUAGUAUAUAAACACUCGUGAAACUUGUUUUAAAAAAAAGUGUUCUCUAACCAUCCCACCUCUGCUUAUUUAUGAUGUUAGAAGAAGAUUCUUCUUUAUCCUUUGUAAUUUUACAGAAGAUGUAUGUAUUUUAGAAGUUUAAAAUAAUUAAA